AUGUCGUUGGUGGCAGACCAGGUGCGUCGCCUGGAUGCGUACCUCGACCGCCUCCCUGUCCUGUCCGAGGAGGCAUCUGAAGAUGGAGCUUCCGAAGCUGGCCACGCUUUCGCCACCGCAGAGGUGCUGGACGCUCCACGACUAGACCGUUUGCUGCACAUUAUUCGCUCGCUGAGCACCACCUCGUCUUCGGAACCGUUACUCAACAUCCAACGUGUGAAAAUCCUGCUCAACGAAUCUGGUAUUGCUACGAUUGCAGAUAACAUCCAUGGCGCUGCGUCGGAAGCUCACGCACGAACCAAGACGCCGUACGAGAACGAGAUCGAGUGGCUCUUAGUCUCCAAAGCAACAGUCCAGGUCUAUGGAGCUAUCCUCAACUCCUUGGUCGACCGCAUCGUCCCUCUUAGCGAUGAUAUGUGGUACUGGGAUGGGGUCUUGAGCUCCUACAGCUACAGUAGUAUAUAUACGGUGCAGACAUCUCCCCUACGGUUGUGGGCUUGGUCGCUUGAUAUAUAUCAGGCUAGUCAGUCACGGCUACGCUCUUUGUCUGCAGCAGACGCUUCGGCCGAGCUUGUCCAAUCUACAAGAUCCACACUAUCACAACCAUGGAGCAGGUUUUACGGUGUUGUUCGCGAAAGUAUCCGAGAGCACUCGUUUGCUAACAUUCAGCGAAAGGUGCUUUCACCUGUCGCUUUAUGUCGAGCCGAGGCCCGCCGGAAACAGGCCCAUCUACGGAAGCUAAGGGAAAUGACGGCCAGCGGUCUUGGAGUGCUCAUGGACGAAGGACUUCAGCUUGGCCAUGACGAUGAGAGAGCUGGAGUGCAGGAUCAUGAAGACCUCAAGGGCGUAGUCGAGCGAAGCGUAGCACUGAUGGACAUGGUCCUCAAGGAAGCAAGCAGUCUUGACAUCAACAUUCCUGACUUUGAAGAAAAAGUGUUUGCAGGCGUCGAAGAAGACGCAGAGUUGUCUGUUCACGUUGAGGAAGACAUGACUCAAUAUCGUCCAAGCACAUUGGCCCGCCGUCUGCUUCAAAUCAUUGACAAGACGCUUCCUCAACAUAUUGACGCUAUGCAGCUUCUCGCAAAUGAAAAUGGCCCACCCCCAGCUAUUGUGCGAUACUGGCUACCCGCUCUUAUUGGUAUCACCUCAUCUACAACCAUCCUCAGGAUUCUGGUCAAUCGCAAGGCAGACAUCAUAGACUGGAUUGCGGGUUUCGGCAGUACAUUGCGGGAUUUCUGGCUUAACUGGGUUAUUCAACCGACUGAAAAAGUCAUCAAGACUAUACGGCACGACGAAACCAGCGAGAUUGCAAUCAUGAGCAGGGACAGCCUCAAAGCUGACCGCGAGAGCCUGGAGCGAAUGGUUGUAGAUUUUGCCACUGAAAGACCCCAUUACGCUGUUGGCACCUCAUCUAUCACUGACGCCCAAAUUGCCGAAAUCCGCACCAAGGUAGCUGAGGGUGAUGUAACCCCAGUUUUAAAAGCAUAUGAACAAGAACUCAGAAAGCCUUUUGUUGGUGCUCUUCGGGGCGACCUUGUUCGGUCUCUCCUGAUCCAAGUUCAAAAGACAAAGGUUGAUCUGGAGGUUGCCAUGACGGGCAUUGACUCGCUCUUGAAGAGCCAGGAGCUGGUCUUUGGCUUUGUCGGUUUAACUCCUGGUGUAUUUGUUUCGGUUGGCGUCUUUCAGUACCUCCGCAGCAUCUUUGGCAGCCGAUCUGGUCGGCGCCACAGCAAAACUUCUGGCAAGGCAAUUCGUAUUCUUCGAAACAUUGACCGCAUUCUCUCUGAGGCGCGGCCCACGGAGAACAACGUCCUGUCGUACAAGGAUCACGGUCUCCUGUUGUGCGAGGUUCAUGUGCUUCGUAAUUUGGCUGGCAGUUUGAUGCCGGAUAACCUGCAGAAAGAGUUUUUGGAGGACUUGGAUGACUUGGCGAAUGUCAAGGGCGUGCACAUUCAAGCAAAGGCUUUGGAGAGAAUUCGCUGGGCGUAUGCCAGAUGGAUUAGGUAG